AUAGCGAUUUUCAGAGUCGCGUUUCUCUUACGAAGAAAAUAAAAGCGACUUUGGUUAUUAAGUACUCCGGUUAACGCUGGAGUUCUUCAAAUUUUAUUUCGUGGAAUAGCUCGAACGAAAACCCCUGAGGUUUCCCGAUUCAAAAUCGAAGCCCUAAAACUCUGCAAAUUGUCGUCGAGUUUCUAAAUUAUAGACACUCUCACGCGAAGAAAGGUGUUUGCGAUUCAGAUUCAGUAAGAAAAUUAUCAGAAAAAACCCUAAAUUAGGGUGUCAAUUUGGGGGAAUGGCAUCGGGGAAGAGAGCGUCGGAGGGUAUAGCGCUGCUAUCUAUGUAUGGCGGUGAAGACGAUGAAAUGGAAGAUAUCGAUGACGAGGUGGAGAAUCCUCGUGAAGAAGAUUCUAGUCUGGGUAACAGUUUGAACCAUGGUACUUCUUCGGCAUCUGCAACUCCACAGCUUUCUCUUUUUUCGCCUCAACAGCAGCAGCUGCAACAAACGGUUGGUUUAGAUACAAAUGUUGUUCAGAGUCAGAAGAAUCGUCUGACUAUUGUGGAUUAUGGGCAUGAAGAGGGUGCAAUAUCUCCGGAACAUGAGGAUGGUGAAAUACCGGCGACUGGUCGAGUAAUGUAUGGUGAGCUGCUUCGAACUAGUGAAGGUGACUUUCGAGAAAAUAAUUCACCUGGAAUAGUGCGGUUCCCAACACCCAGAACUCAAGCAACGCCCCCUCAGUCAUUGGAGCAAAUUGACCAAUCUGAAUUAGAUGCCAUGAAUUACGCACAAAAUGAAUCUGGAUCUUUAGAGACUGAAGAUGCUGAAAUGGUGCCUGUUGAAGAACAAAAAGAUGUUGAUCCAUUGGAGAAGUUUCUUUCCCCACGUCCCAAGGCUAAAUGCUCCGAAGAAUUGCAAGAGAAGAUUAUAAAGUUUCUUGCGUUGAAGAAGACCACUGGAAGAAGCUUCAAUGCAGAAGUUCGGAAUAGAAAGGAAUACCGUAACCCUGACUUCUUGCUGCAUGCCGUGACGUACCAAGAUAUUGAUCAGAUAGGAUCUUGCUUCCAUAAAGAUGUUUUUGACCCUCAUGGAUAUGACAAAAGCGACUUCUGUGAUGAAAUAGAAGCUGACAUGAGGCGGGAAACGGAAAGGAGGGAGCAAGAGAGGAAGAAAACUCCGAAGUUAGAUUUUGCUUCUGGAGGAAUACAGCCAGGAAAUGUUGUUCCUACACCAAAAAUAAGUAUGCCAACUCCAGGAUUAGCUGUUGUUUCUGGUGGGCUGUUAAAUGUAACACCAGCAACUUCGGAAGUCACAGCUCGGGAUGGUAGACAGAACAAAAAGUCAAAGUGGGAUAAGGUGGAUGUUGAUCAAAGGAGUUCCACUGGAGGGCAGGAAAAUCUGUCCGCUCUUAGUGCACAUGCUGCACUCGUCUCUGCUGCCAAAGCUGGUAGUGGAUACUCUGCUUUUGCGCAACAAAGAAGAAAGGAGGCAGAAGAUAAGCGAUCGAGCGAUAAGAAGUUUGAGAGAAGAUCAUAGACUUGUCUUUUUGUAUGCUAAAUACUUCCGGUUUUGAGGAAAUGCAUUCUAUACAUACGCAUGAACGAACCAUUUUUCCAAAAUUUAAUUAUGGAUGAGAGGUCCUUUAGGCUUUAAAUUAUAAGCUGGUGUUCGAUCCACAUUGUUAAAUACUUGAUAUAUAUAUAUAUAUAUAUAUAUUUUUUUUUAUGGAGGAUGUUCGGUUUAUACUUUCCUUAUCCAGGACAAGAACGGGGGAAUUCGUCCAGGAACUUUCACGGGGGCUCAGGUUAUAUUUUGCCGUUCAUAUGCCUAAAAUCGUAAAUUUUUUUCUCUGAAAUUAUUUGCGUUUGCUGCUUCGUUUAUUCAAAGUUGGCUGAAUACCUUUGUUUAUGGUUUAUUUUCAUAAUAUGUAACCAGCCUCUCAGCUAAUAAAAGGUGGUGUCUUUUUCAUACGAAAAGUAAGUUGGACAGGUAGGAGGUUUAAAUGCCAUGAAUUCCGCUUCUUCGGUCUGUAGCCAAAAAGUAUGAACUUGAGCAUUAUUAACAGUAGAGAGUAGGAGAGACCAUUUGCGGGCUCGAAUAUCAAGAUAGUUUUUGGUCUUUGUACUGCAAAGAAAGACGUUGGUUUUGUUGUU